GCGGGGCGCAUUCUCUGUGAGGAUACCGCGCCUGCGUCGCCCUUCGUUUCCAUUUCUUCCCCCUCCCCUUCCCAGCUCUGUCUCCCCGCGCUUCUCCUCGCCUUGUGCGGGGUGCAGCUGUGCCCUCUCAUCCGCUUUAUUUCCAUCUCUUGUUCCUCGCACCCAUCCCUGGAGAGUUUUCCCCUAGCCAUGGCCCAGAUCCUGCCUAUUCGCUUCCAGGAGCACUUCCAGGUUAUAUUUUGGCAGAUGAACUGAUUUCAUGCCCAACACCAAAGCGUGAAUGCGUAAUUUUCGCUCCAAAAUUUGGGCAUUAACCCAGCAAACAUUGGAUUCAGCACCCUAACAAUGGAAUCUGACAAGUUCAUUUGCAUCAGGGAGAAAGUGGGAGAGCAGGCACAAGUAGUAAUAAUUGACAUGAGUGAUCCAACAUCACCUAUCAGACGUCCAAUUUCUGCUGAAAGUGCCAUCAUGAAUCCAGCCUCUAAAGUAAUUGCACUAAAAGCUGGAAAAACGCUACAGAUUUUUAACAUUGAAAUGAAAAGUAAAAUGAAAGCCCAUGCUAUGGCAGAGGAGGUGAUCUUUUGGAAAUGGAUAUCUGUGAAUACAGUUGCCUUGGUGACAGAGACAGCAGUCUACCACUGGAGCAUGGAGGGAGAAUCUCAGCCCCAAAAGAUGUUUGACAGGCAUGCUAGUCUUGCAGGCUGCCAAAUCAUCAAUUACAGAACUGAUGAACAUCAAAAAUGGCUGUUACUGAUAGGAAUUUCAGCGCAGCAAAAUCGCGUGGUUGGUGCAAUGCAGCUCUACUCUGUUGAUAGAAAAGUCUCCCAACCUAUAGAGGGCCAUGCAGCAGCUUUUGCAGAAUUCAAAAUAGAUGGAAAUGCCAAACCUUCCACCCUCUUUUGUUUUGCUGUGAGGAGUCCUGCAGGAGGCAAGCUUCACAUAAUUGAGGUGGGUCAACCAGCUACUGGAAAUCAGCCAUUUGUUAAGAAAGCUGUUGAUGUGUUUUUCCCACCUGAGGCACAGACAGACUUUCCUGUGGCAAUGCAGAUUGGAAUUAAGCAUGGUGUUAUCUACCUGAUCACAAAGUAUGGAUAUAUUCACAUGUAUGACUUGGAGUCUGGAGUUUGCAUCUACAUGAACCGUAUUAGUGCCGACACUAUUUUUGUCACAGCUUCUCAUGAACCUACCUCAGGCAUUAUUGGUGUCAACAAAAAAGGACAGGUGCUUUCUGUAUGUGUCGAAGAAGACAACAUUGUGAACUAUGCCACAAAUGUUCUCCAGAAUCCUGACUUGGGUCUGCGUAUGGCUAUACGUAGUAAUCUUGCUGGUGCAGAGGAAUUAUUUGCCAGAAAGUUUAACACACUGUUUGCUCAAGGAAGCUAUGCAGAUGCUGCUAAAGUAGCUGCAUCUGCACCAAAGGGAAUUCUACGUACCAGUGAUACAAUCAGGAAGUUCCAGAGUGUACCAGCUCAGCCGGGGCAUGCCUCUCCACUGCUCCAGUACUUUGGAAUAUUGCUUGACCAAGGACAGCUGAACAAGUUUGAGUCUCUGGAGCUCUGUCGCCCUGUUCUACAGCAAGGCCGCAAGCAGCUUCUGGAGAAAUGGCUGAAGGAAGACAAGCUGGAGUGUUCAGAGGAGCUGGGAGACUUGGUGAAGACAGCUGACCCAACCCUUGCACUCAGUGUCUACCUUCGUGCUAAUGUGCCAAACAAAGUGAUUCAGUGCUUUGCUGAAACUGGUCAAUUCCAGAAAAUAGUACUGUAUGCUAAAAAGGUUGGCUAUACCCCAGACUGGAUCUUCUUGCUGAGAAGCGUGAUGAGAGUCAGUCCUGAGCAGGGCCUGCAGUUCUCUCAGAUGCUGGUACAGGACGAGGAGCCACUGGCUAACAUUAACCAGAUUGUGGAUGUAUUCAUGGAGAACAGUCUUGUUCAGCAGUGCACAUCCUUUCUAUUGGAUGCUUUGAAAAAUAACCGUCCAGCAGAAGGCCACCUUCAGACUCGUCUGCUGGAAAUGAAUUUGAUUCAUGCCCCACAGGUUGCAGAUGCCAUCCUUGGAAACCAAAUGUUUACACACUAUGAUCGUGCUCAUAUUGCCCAGUUAUGUGAAAAGGCAGGCUUGCUCCAGCGAGCUUUGGAACACUACACUGAUCUCUAUGAUAUUAAACGUGCUGUUGUUCAUACGCAUCUCUUGAAUCCUGAGUGGCUUGUGAAUUUCUUUGGCUCUCUCUCUGUUGAAGACUCUGUAGAGUGCUUGCGUGCUAUGCUGUCAGCCAACAUUAGGCAAAACUUACAACUCUGUGUACAGGUUGCUUCUAAGUAUCAUGAGCAGCUUGGCACCCAGUCUCUUGUGGAGCUUUUUGAAUCUUUCAAAAGCUAUGAAGGACUGUUCUAUUUCUUGGGUUCCAUUGUAAACUUCAGCCAGGAUCCAGAUGUUCACUUCAAAUAUAUCCAGGCAGCUUGCAAAACUGGUCAGAUAAAGGAAGUAGAAAGAAUCUGCCGUGAAAGUAACUGCUAUAACCCAGAACGGGUGAAGAACUUCCUGAAGGAGGCAAAGCUAACAGACCAGCUUCCUCUGAUCAUUGUCUGUGAUCGAUUCGACUUUGUUCAUGACCUGGUGCUCUACUUAUAUCGCAAUAGUCUGCAGAAGUAUAUAGAGAUCUAUGUGCAGAAGGUGAACCCCAGCCGCAUACCAGCAGUAGUUGGAGGGCUUCUUGAUGUGGAUUGUUCUGAAGAUGUCAUUAAGAAUUUGAUCAUGGUGGUUAGAGGCCAGUUCUCAACAGAUGAGCUGGUGGCUGAAGUGGAAAAAAGAAAUCGGCUUAAAUUGCUGUUGCCAUGGCUUGAAUCAAGGAUUCAUGAAGGCUGUGAAGAACCUGCGACUCAUAAUGCAUUGGCCAAAAUCUACAUUGACAGUAAUAAUAAUCCAGAGCGGUUCCUUCGUGAGAAUCCAUACUAUGACAGUCGUGUAGUUGGCAAAUACUGUGAAAAGAGAGACCCUCAUCUGGCCUGCGUUGCAUAUGAGAGGGGCCAGUGUGAUCUGGAACUCAUAAAGGUAUGCAAUGAGAACUCACUAUUUAAGAGUGAGGCUCGCUAUCUAGUACGCAGGAAGGACCCUGAUCUCUGGGCAAAUGUUCUAGAAGAAAACAACCCAUUCAGGCGACAGCUUAUUGACCAAGUUGUCCAAACAGCUUUAUCAGAGACACAGGAUCCAGAGGAGGUUUCUGUCACUGUGAAAGCUUUCAUGACUGCAGACCUUCCAAAUGAAUUAAUUGAGUUACUGGAAAAAAUUGUCUUGGAUAAUUCUGUAUUCAGCGAACACAGGAAUCUCCAGAAUCUGCUGAUCCUGACUGCCAUUAAAGCCGACCGCACUCGUGUAAUGGAGUACAUUAAUCGACUGGAUAACUAUGAUGCUCCAGAUAUUGCAAACAUUGCCAUCAGUAAUGAGCUGUAUGAAGAAGCCUUUGCUAUAUUCAGGAAAUUUGAUGUUAAUACUUCAGCAGUUCAGGUGCUGAUUGAGCACAUUGGGAAUUUAGACCGUGCUUAUGAAUUUGCAGAGAGAUGUAAUGAACCAUCAGUAUGGAGCCAGCUAGCCAGAGCACAGUUGCAGAAAGACUUGGUAAAAGAAGCCAUUGACUCUUACAUAAAGGCAGAUGAUCCAUCUGCCUACAUGGAGGUUGUUCAAGCAGCUAAUAGAAACGAUAACUGGGAGGACCUAGUCAAGUUCUUGCAGAUGGCCAGGAAGAAGGCUAGAGAGUCUUAUGUAGAGACAGAACUUAUUUUUGCCUUUGCGAAAACUAAUCGUCUCUCAGAACUGGAGGAAUUUAUUAGCGGCCCUAAUAAUGCCCAUAUACAGCAGGUUGGUGAUCGUUGUUAUGAAGAGGAUAUGUAUGAAGCAGCAAAACUACUUUAUAACAAUGUAUCUAACUUUGCUCGCUUGGCAUCUACCUUGGUGCACCUUGGAGAAUAUCAGGCAGCAGUGGACAGUGGCCGCAAAGCCAACAGCACAAGGACUUGGAAGGAGGUAUGUUUUGCCUGUGUGGAUGGAGGAGAAUUCCGCUUGGCACAGAUAUGUGGCUUGCACAUAGUCAUCCAUGCUGAUGAACUUGAAGAGCUGAUUAGUUAUUAUCAGGAUCGUGGCUACUUUGAAGAAUUGAUUGCCCUUCUGGAAGCUGCUUUGGGCCUAGAGCGUGCUCACAUGGGAAUGUUUACUGAACUCGCCAUCUUAUACUCCAAAUUUAAGCCCCAGAAAAUGAGGGAACAUCUGGAGCUCUUCUGGUCUAGAGUUAAUAUUCCAAAGGUGCUCAGAGCUGCAGAACAGGCUCAUCUCUGGGCAGAGCUUGUAUUCCUCUAUGACAAAUAUGAGGAGUAUGACAAUGCAAUAAUUACUAUGAUGAAUCAUCCUACCGAUGCCUGGAAGGAAGGACAGUUUAAAGACAUCAUUGCCAAGGUGGCGAAUGUGGAGCUGUAUUACAAAGCCUUGCAGUUCUACUUAGACUACAAACCUCUGCUGAUCAAUGAUCUUCUGCUUGUAUUAUCUCCACGACUGGAUCACACCAGGACAGUCAAUUUUUUCUCGAAGGUUAAUCAGCUGCUACUAGUAAAGCCUUAUUUGCGUUCAGUGCAGAACCACAAUAAUAAAGGAGUUAAUGAAGCUCUAAACAACCUUCUAACACAGGAGGAGGACUAUCAGGGUUUGAGAGCUUCCAUUGAUGCCUAUGACAACUUCGAUAAUAUAGCUUUGGCUCAGCGUCUGGAAAAGCAUGAGCUCAUUGAAUUUAGGCGUAUUGCAGCAUACUUGUAUAAGGGUAACAACCGCUGGAAGCAGAGUGUGGAGCUAUGCAAGAAAGACCAUCUGUAUAAGGAUGCAAUGCAGUAUGCUGCAGAAUCCAAAGAUAUAGAACUUGCAGAAAAGCUGCUUCAGUGGUUUCUGGAAGAAGGCAAGCAGGAAUGUUUUGCAGCCUGCCUUUUCACGUGUUACGACUUGCUGCACCCAGAUGUAGUCCUUGAAUUGGCAUGGAGGCAUAAUAUCAUGGACUUUGCAAUGCCUUAUUUCAUCCAAGUCAUGAGAGAAUACCUCACCAAAGUUGAUGAGCUGUUCUAUAAGGUGGAUAAUCUUGAUGCUUCUGAAAGUCUAAGGAAAGAAGAGGAGCAAGUAACUGAACCUACUCCAAUAGUAUUUGGCCAGCAGUUGAUGUUAACAGCAGGCCCCAGUGCAGUACCUCCCCAGACAAACUUUCCAUAUGGAUACACAGCACCAGGAUUCACCCAGCCACCUGUUUAUGGUUUCAAUAUGUAACUAGUUCUCUGACAGACAGACCUUCACUGUCUCUUCUUUCUUCACUUCCCUUUUUAACUUCUCUAAGGAGUGUACGAUGGUCCUAAAGGCACAGAUGACUUUCUGUUGUCUUAACACACUAGCUGCCCUGCUCAGUGAGGAGACUUCAACAGGAUGCCUGUUACUGUUAUUUAUUGAUUACUGUCCGAUUACAUUUCAGCCUCUGAAAGGCAGCUUUUGUUAAUGACAUUGUGAGAUUCUUGUCUGAAGUUAAGGCACUGCUUCACUAACCCAUAUAGCAAUAACUGCUUGAGGCCAGGGAGAAGAGAGCAUAUUUUUCUUUCUUUUGCGAAGCCCAUUAAAGGUAGCUGGGAAAUUGUAUGGUACCAAGUUGUUAAAAAGCUUUAGCUGAAGCUGCUGAAGUAGCAGAGUUGUUAACAAUUCAGUGAAGCAUCUCCUUAACGAAUUCAUCCAACUACCCCAUUUUGUUUGCAGUCCUGUGUGUGGGGGGGGAAAAAAAGGGCUUUCUAAUACUUAUGCUCUGAAUGUUUAGAGGAAUAAUGGGGAAGUUUCCUUUUCUGGACAUUAGUGCUGUUGGAGUUUGAUGCUGUUUGAGUCUGUUCUAUAUUUUCUGGAGUAGAUCUGAAACUCAAAGAAAAUAAAUCUUCUUGUGGCAGAGAGCAAAUAUUUCCCAGAUCCUUUUUGUUUAACAAGUGCGGGACCAUGUUACUUGUUGACAUUUAAUAGUACUAAAGAAAACUUCAUCUGUGUGUGGCAAGUGAAUGUGGGAGUGCAUAUGGCCUGCCAAAGUUGUUGAGGUGCAAGAGCACAGUAUCAGAACUAGGAAGGGAGAUAUAUUAUUAAAAUAAUGAGGUAGUAGGGAAAUGAUCCUGUCUUUUUAUUUGCACGUUUAGUUGGUUCUGGCAUUGGCUUCCUGCCACACUAUGUUCUGACCUCGUCUGAUGGGCAGUCAGCUCUACCUGAAUCAACAAGAUUCAGAGAUUCAGUUCUGCUGUGCUGCAGUAGCAUCAAUGGUGUCUACCACCCACCUCUUUCUUUUGAGAAUGCCUAUGAGGCUGUAUUACUGUUUUGUGCCGCUCUUCAAAUACCUGUAUCAUUAACAUUUUAUGUACUUAGAUAACAAUGUAUAAUUUAUGGUUAUGAAUCUUGUGCUAAUCUUAAUUAUUAUAAAAGUCUAACUAUAAAUGUAAAUCUGCAGUACCUAUUGUGUGGCUCUAGUCUUCAUGUCCUGGGGAUGGGGUCUGGUUAUUAUUACUAAUCUGCCACAUCAGGUAUCUUAAACUGAUCAAUAAGGAUGCCAGGCAGCAAAAAGGGAAACUUAUACCAAAGCACAUAAUAUAGAGGGCUCAGCAAGUGAUUUAAAAGGGAGUAGCAGUCUCUUCACCAGGCACAUCAGCACACUUUGUCAUGUGCAGAGGUAAUGCUGCAGGAGGCAGUCACGCUUAUGUAGCUUCAUUCAUUGGUCUGGAAAAUCAUAAGCGUAGUCCCAUGCCAGAGGAGGUGCUACUGUUAGUCUUCUAGGCUUUCUCCAAUGAAAUGCAUUAAUUUAGCAGCAAUAGCAGUGAGCUAUACCUUUCAUAUCAUGUUCUACUUGAAUGGGGCAAAUUGUCUUUAAAUGCCAACAAGUACAGAAUUAAUCAUAGAAUCCUGGAGUAGUUUGAUUUAAGGGAAUCUCUAAGAUUAUCUAGUUGCAACCCACUGCUAUAGACAGGAGCACCUCCCACUAUACUAGAUUGCUCAAAACCCCAUCCAGCCUGGAAAGUUUUAAAAUCAGUAGCUGUAGACAGUGUUGGCACAAUUCUAACAAUUAUGUUGUCUCUUGCUUGCUGUACUGUGUGAUAACAAUGGCAAAGAGAUGUGGUACCUACCUUUCUAAUGAAGGCCAGAAUGCUCCUAGUGCUUAUGUAAUGCUUUCGUUUUGUGCUGGUCAGCACUUAAUGGCUAAGCUUGCAAUAAUGAGCAGCUAAUGAUUUCAAGUAAAUCUGCGCUUCAUCUAGUCUUAGUCCUAGCAGGAGCUAGCUGGAUAGAGUGCUACUUUCCAGACAAACAGCGCUUAUACUCUGUAAUUGGUUUCUUGUGGGUCAACAGCGGUUUGGGUAAGGCAGCUGGAAUUAAAGAGAAACUCUAAAAUUAGUAUGACUGUGGAAGUUUCCUUCUCCUCAAAUUGAAAAUUUAGUGCAACUUUAUAGUAACAAUUACAAGCUCAUGUUGGAAUACAGUAAACUGCUAGAUUAAAUACUAGAACAGCACAUGACCUGUAGAGAACUGAACUAGCCUGAGAAUCUUUAAUUGCUUUAGUCUGGAAAUUUAACUACAGGAAUGACUGGGUUCACAAACAAGGUAAGGCAGUCAGCUCUCUUAAAUAGUUCUGCUUCAAUUGGUCUCCUGGUAUCUUAAGAUUUUGAUGCGUAUAAUGGCUUUUAUAAGUUCUGGAAUGUGUUCCGUUCUAAAAAGCAUCCAGAAUCCAGAAGCAUACUCUCAACUGUUACUGUGUGGCUGUAGCUAAAAUAUGCAACAAAUUCUUGCCCAUCAUUUAGUGGUCUAAGUGGAAGAAUUAAACAGUUUACAAAGAUGUAGUGUUCAUCCAAGUUUAAAAAAAAACUCAUUGUACCAAAUCUCCAAUCACAAACUCCCCUGGCUUUUCUGAGUUUGAAUGCUAUCAUGCAAAAUGGAUUGUGAUAGGCUUGGGAUACUGCUAAAGAGUAAUUUGCCUAAGGAUCUACAUAAUGUGUUUUACACACAUGCUUUUUUUCUUUCUUUUUUUUGAGAAAGCAGGCUUUUGUGAUUUCUCAGAUGUUAGGGGAGAUUUUCCCCACAAUGAUGAACUUUGCAACUAUGGGUCUGGCAUCAGAUGACAAACAAUUCACAAGCACUGCACUGCAGCCAUUUUAAUGUCUUGUGACCUAGGUGGAAACGGAGCUCUCAUCAAAUAACUGUAAGGGCACGUGCUUAUCUUGGCAUAAAAUUCCAACCUGUGUUCAGUUGCUCAUUCUGAGCUGGCACUUACUGAUAUCCUUUGUUCCCUCACAUUUUCAAGUGUUUCUGGGUUCUUUUGGUAUAAAAGCAAGGAAAAGGAAAAGGAAAGAAGAAUGUCCAAGAGCUACUUUUGGAAGCAGAAUUCUUUUAUAGCUGCUGCUGUCUGCUCUGUUGAGCCAAAUAAGCCAGCCCUAGAAACUGAGGAGGAAUUCAUCACUGGGUGUACGCCAAGAGUGCUUCACUCUCAUUUAUUCCCACAAAGUCAAAUUGGGUCAUCUUGAAUAUGUGAUAAAAUGUUAAGGAACGUAAAGCUGAGAAAUGAUUAACAAUAGGAGAGUUGCUUUGUAACAUGGGUGUGCAAUUAGGUUAUGUUUUGCAGAGUGAAUCAGUACUUUCAUAGCAACCUGCAGAUGUACCAGUUUAAUGGACCUGGAGUUUUUAAAAUUCUUUUACAUAUAUAUAUAUAUAUAAAUAUAUAUAUAUUUUUUUUACUUCAACAAGCUUUCAAAGAGUUGUGUGGUUUUUUUUGUUGUUGUUGUUGUUUUGUUUUGCUAGUAUAGCUUUCUUGUUUUUCUAUACUGCAUGUUUUCUGUGGGUAUAUUUCCAAAGGUAAGGAUAGAUCCUGACUCAUGUUUUACUAUUAAAAUGCCGUAAAAUUGUUAGCAUGCCUAUGUCAGUCUAGGUCUUUCAGUCUGGAGCCUUUUAGAUCUUUCAGAAAGGUAGCAGAAACCAUCAGUUUUCUUUCUUGCUUAAUAUAGACAAUGUCAGCCUUUUAAGUAUUCAUAUGAAUUUGAAAUGCAGUCAGUGAAAAGUAAAUCUUGUCUACCUGUUAUGUGUCAGAAUUUGUUUAUUCAGUUACAUGUUCUCCUGUGUUGCUUGGUGAGUCGAGGAGAGGUGCUGCUGUUUUUUUUUCCCUGUUUGCUGUGGUUUUAAUCAAGACUUCAAAAUCUUUUUAACAAGGAUUUCUAAUGGGCUGUUAAUAGAGACAAUGUUGGUAACUGCAUGUGUGUUCAAGUGGUGGUAACACAAGUUGUUUCAGAAGAGUAUCAUCUUUCUCAUUGUCACAGAGGUUCCUGCUGCACACACAUGAAAGCUAGUGAAACAUUGACUCACAAGCAUUCAAUAUGAUUGUUUCUCAUUGAAGUCUGUUAUGCAUAAGAUCUUUUUUUUUUAUGCCUAAGAGAACCUGAGAAGAAAUAACGUUUAUUAAUGUACCAUAAAACUCCAAGUGAUGUGGAUUAAUAAUGCAUGAGGAAACUUCUAGUGGUUUGAGUUGUAAUGGUUCUGAUGGUAGUGCUGUUUGUUUAAUGAGGUGAAGAAAUUUUCUGUUUCAAGGAUAUGUAAUAGAAAACUAUUGGUCACUUCUGGUCUUUAAAACCAUGGUGUGCUUGCAAGUUGUGCCAAUGAUGGGGGUCAGUAUGGUCAAAGAAGGGAUAAGUAGGAGCUGAUCAAGCAUGGUCUUUGUUUAUGGGCUUUCCAGAAUCCAGAAUAUUAUUUCUGCAAUCACUGUUUUAAAUAAACAAAAAACUAUGAAUGUUGCUUUCAUCUGCAGUAGUUCUCUUCUCUGUUCCAGUUGUUGGUAUCUGAGGAAGGAAUACCACAAGGUGUACAGGAUAUAAUAGCACUUGGCUAUGUCUUUAACAAUUCUCCUCUCUGUUUCUGUGGUGGCAGAAACAAGUCACAGCCAAUAGCAGAGAAAAGUGUAUGACCAGGUGGUUGUUUCCAUGAAAAUUCCUGGAUUGAGAGCUGUAAAAUAGAGGACUUGGUAUCCUGUCUCUAACAGUUUGUUGUAUACUUUUGACUUUGGGCCUUCUUUCUUUGCCUUUAUUGUUGUUUGAGGUGAACUGGCUCUGGAGGAGCAAAAUUACUUUAAAGCACUCUUUUUUCCAGAGAAGGUCAAACGUGUCUUCCUUCAGACUCAGGGCAGUGUUAGGAAAACCUCACUGGAUUGGCUUAUAGGAGUAUUCUACAGUAAGAUCUGACUGCAAUGAGCUCUGGGGGGUUCUGUUUGCAGACAGCAGUUUGUUGCUUUGCUUC